AAUUCCAGUUAAAUGAGUUCGAUAUAAAAACAACGUAAAUUAUGAAACACAGUUCAAACAGUCCAAGUCGCUGUUUUACUGGGGAAUAGUGUGGUUGAGAGCAAACUGAUCUUCAACCAUAAGAAAUAUAAGAGGUGGUCCACAUUAUCAGGCAUAAACGGGAACCAGCGCAAAUCGAUAAAGAUGUCAGUAAAAUACACCGUUUUUAUGUCCAUUAUGGUUUCAUUACUCAGCGCUGCCUCGAUAGCGUUACCCGUGCUGGAGUCAUCAAGAGAUGUAGAUAACUCAACGUUACAGGAAAUAAUGGCCAGUGUUAAUGAUACCCCGAAAAACCUCUAUGUUGUAAAGGCUGUUGUCUAUGAAAUAGGCAUAUUAACGGAAGUCGAUGACAACGAAACCAGUUUUGAAAGUCAAGAACGUGUGGAUUUGACUUUCUACGACACCCACUCCAAUCAGAGCCAUAUCAACCUUGGUAACGUACCCCUACCGAUUCAAACGAACAUUUCCGGACAAGUACUUACGGGUAUUGCUCCCGUCAAUAUUGGUGCAUUCAGCAGUCCCACCGAACUUUUGGAAACUUUGCCAUUAACCGGAACUAUUGUUAAUAUAACGCACAGCAACACAGCUUAUUACCAACUCAGCAAGUCAAAUGCUAGUAACUCGCUAAAACCUCAUGUAACGGGCGUUGACGAUUUGACAAAUGUGUCCGACCUUUUCCCCGUCGUGAGCGAGGGGCCAUUGCAAUAUCCUGUUGCUGUUAGUGAUAAAGCAAAUUAUGUGGAAAGUUAAAAAUAAUUUAGGCUUAUUUUCCGUUAGGCCGUUGUAUAAACUGUAUAUAAAAAUGUACAUAAAUAUUUAUUUUAAGUGAAUACAUCGCAUCGUAUCGUUUUACAUGUUAA